UACUUUCUCAGAACCUCAACACUGUUCCCACGAGCUGUCAGCUGCACACAAAGAAGUAUCGAGCUGUUUCAGCUGUGCUGUUCAUCGGAAUUAGUGGAAGGCGAAAGCAACCUUAGAUUGAUAAGAUCUGCAUUUCGUGUGGGCUCUCUCUGGAAAUAAGGAUGCUGAAUUGUACAAGAUAGAAAAGCAGAUUACGACCGAAUCGCAAAGACAAAUACGAUAUAGCUGAAGAGAGUAGUAAGCUGGGGACAGCGGGACCAGUUGAGUAUUGUUGCCUUGGAUGAGAGAACUGAAGUGAGAAGAAAGAGAUCAUGACAUGGUGUAACAACUCCGAUCAGGAGGGGAAAGCGGUUCAGAUUGUCGCCGGCGAUGUUUCUAGAGGCAACUGCUUGAUCGACGGCGAAGGCGGUUCCAUCAGGACAGUAACGUGCCCUUCAUGCGGCCACAAUAUUGAAUUGCAAGAUCAGGGACUGAUUCAUGAUUUGCCCGGCUUACCAUCUGGGGUGAAGUUCGAUCCGAACGACCAAGAAAUUCUCGAACAUUUGGAGGCAAAAGCGGCAGCAGAUGCGCAUAAAGUACAUCCGCUAAUUGAUGAAUUCAUACCAACAUUAGAGGGGGAGAAUGGGAUCUGCUAUACUCACCCCGAGAAGCUACCAGGAGUGAGCAAAGACGGCCAAAUCCGCCACUUCUUUCACCGACCUUCCAAGGCAUACACGACUGGGACCAGGAAACGGAGGAAGGUGCACGGCGAUGCGGACGGUGGCGAGACGAGAUGGCACAAGACUGGGAAGACCCGCCCCGUCCUCAUAAGUGGGGCAGUGAGAGGGUUCAAGAAGAUCUUGGUGCUCUACACGAACUACGGAAGGCAACGGAAGCCCGAGAAGACGAACUGGGUGAUGCAUCAGUACCACCUCGGCGACAACGAGGAGGAGAAAGACGGUGAGCUGGUGAUGUCCAAGGUUUUCUACCAAACGCAGCCCAGGCAAUGCGGGUCAAGCGUUCGAGAUCCACCGCUGGACAGGGGAUACAUGAAGGGUCAUCAGGUGUUGCAUGGCACAAACGGGGUCGAUUAUUACAACUACAGCAAUCCUAAUUACCUGUCCAAUUACGACCAAGUGAGCCAGAACAGAGAAAGCCCACCUCAGUUGAUUCCCAAUUUGGUGGUACAAGGUGGCGGGUCUUCGUUCAUUCAGCUCACAGCGGACUCAAGCAAAGGGAAGCUUGUAAGAAACAGAGAUGGAGGUGGUGGUUGAUUUGUCAGCUCAAAGAGUUAUCAUUGUUGUUGCGUAACACCAACAAUAAGUUAUGUAUAGUGCUUUUUCUUGAUUUAUUUUGUUGUUGCUGUUGUUGAUAUUGACAAGGGAAGCAAAGAGGGAAUAAGAGGAAAUUGCUGCUUUUCAGGUCGCGGGAAAUCCGGGGGAAGUUUUUCUGUAUUAAGAUAGGAAGUUGGAUGUGAAAAGUUCAACUUUUUUUUUUGGUCCUUAUCUAUUUUAUUGUUUUGAAUGUUUCACACGUAUUUGAUAGGAACACACAAUUGAUGAGAGACUUU